AUGAACGGUUCAUUGACUCUUACUACACUAGGAGAUCCCUUCAACAUAACGUACCCAACUGCCAUUCAAACCUCACUAGAUUCAGGUGCAUCUUUUGCAAAAUUUGACAAAACCGGCCGAUUCGUCGCAGGUGGACGGCCAGAUGGCUCAGCCGUCGUAUGGGACCUGGACACCAAAGCACCUGUCCGGUGGCUGGAGGGGCAUGUGAAAGGUGUCACCAGUGUAGACUGGUCGCGAAAUUCGCGCUAUGUACUGACCUCGUCGAAGGACUGGAACGUGAUCGUAUGGGACCUCGCGUCAGAGACCGAGCCCCCACAUCGCCGGACGACUGUACGGUUCGAUGCGCCCAUUGUGACGGCUUCCUUCCAUCCUCGGAAUAGUCAAAUCCUUCUAGUGCUGCUAGGUACAGGAGAGGCAUAUCUUGUUGACCUCCGGAAGGAACACAGAGGUCGCUUUGAGUUAUGUGAGGUUCAAGAAGAUAGCGAUGAGGAGGGUCAGACGAACCGAACUGCAAGGUCGAGUAAAUGUUCCUUACAUCUAUACCUUGCGUCUGAAGGAUGUGGGGAGUAG